UCCACGCCCCUCACACUCGACUGCGCACACUCCACGUAUCGUAUCCAAGAGUUCCGCUGUCGAGCGAAUCUCUUCCCUGUUUCAGUCUCCGGCUUCUACGUCGACAGUCAGCGAGAGUGGCAUCUGCAUGACUGAGUCAUGAGUGAAGAGACAACAAGCACGUUCCUAUCAGCAUUGAAGACAUCUCCGGGUCGACGGACGGACUCCGACAUUGCUAUUAUAGCUGACGGCCUACGACAUUUCCCAGCGUUUGAAGGAACAAACCAUCAUUUGCGUGAUGUGGCAGCUACUGCCCGCUAUGAACGCCAUGUUGCCGAGAGUGUUCUCUACUACCGCGGCGACCUGGCUACAAGCUGGUUUCUUCUUCUGUCAGGAUCUGUACUUGCAGGAGCUGAUCUGUUUGUUUCUGGCACGAGUUUUGGAAAUGAUGUUGAUUUUGGACGCCCGAGAGACGAAACCGCUAUAGUCUUAGAGCCAAGUCAGUUUAUUGUUUGUUGCUGUGGUCUUGGAGAAGUCAAGAGUCCAGAUAUAGAGAUUAUUGAUGAGGACUACUUGAGAAAGUUAAUUGCACCACCACCACCUAAGACUCUGUCAGAAGAUGUGUCUCUGUUUGUUGGUGACGAUAGACAUCCUGGUGCCAUUGGUCAUACACGUGAAAGCUCUAUGAGUUCUGGAUAUAGUUCUCCUUCUGCACUGUCUCUUGAUUCAUCAGUCAGCAAAGUAAGCACCAACCAUUCUAAUGGCGCUAUUCUUGCACCGAGGCAGAGCAACAGCUGCAAUGAGUUUCAGCAUGCUCGACCUGAGUCUCUGGGACUUUCCUCUCGUUCAUCAUCAUCGGAGUCUCUGUCAUCAGCGUCGUCAUCUAUUCUUACUGCUCCUCGUUCUCCGGGCCUUUUUCGGGCUGCCUCUGUCAACCCCAAUCGCAAGCGUCAUUUGUCUUCUCCGUUGUCACGUAGGAAGUCUGCUUUAGAUUCUACGUUUCUACAAUGGAAGCCUGUAACUGUGAAUAAUUUAGAUCUGAUCGGAGCAGAAAUGCAGCAUUUCAUGGACAAGACAUUCUCGGGAUUAGGAGGACAUGGGAACUUGUGCAGACACGAAAGUGUUUUAAUGACACCGAUUUCAAACAGUAAAACGAAAUGUGAACAGAAAGGGAACAAGGUAAGAGACUGCCAGCAGGAACUAAGCCAAAACUUUGAUUUGGAUGACCUUCCCGAGAGCAGUGUAGAUUCUGAUGAAGACGAUAUCUUCAUGAAUGAUCCGAAUGAUUGUGGAGAAACUGUGCCUGAAACGCAUGACCCAGUUUUGGAGGCUCUUAUGAAAUCACCUGUUGAUCGAGGUGAACGUGAUAUUGCACUCAUUCACGACUUUGUCCAGAAUCUACCUGCAUUUGCUUCUGUCUCGCUCGGAGUGAGGAAAGCAUUAUGUUCCAAAGUGCAGAUGAAACUGUUUGAUCGUGAAAUGCGAGUUGUAAGGGACGGUCGAGAGCUCAGCUCAUGGUAUGUUGUCUUCGAUGGGCAACUAGAAUUAAUGCGGGAAGGGCAGCUCCCAUCUACACUUUAUGCAGGAGAUACGUUUGGAAUCACAGCUCAUUUACCUACAGUUAUUCAUGAAGGAACGCUGGUGGCCAAGACACCAUGUCAGGUGCUGGAAGUAGAUGGUGAAGAAUAUCUGAAAAUUCUCAAAAGCCAGCAGGAGAAUGUACAAGUAGUCACGGAGGGUGAUCAGCGUGUCUUGGUGUCGGAGAAACGCAAAGUUGGAGAAAUUGACGGUUUUGCUGUUAUACAGGGAACUGCUGACAAACUGUUGCAACAGCUGUUGGAGUUUAACUCCGUCGAUCCUACUUAUGUGGAAGACUUUCUACUGACAUAUCGUACAUUUAUUUCUGACCCCAAGAAGAUCACGGAACAGUUGCUGAAGUGGCUCGAUUCGGAAAGCAAAGACGAGAAAUUGGCAGCGGUCAAUGUCAUGUCAGUGUGGGUUGGUAAGCACUUUGCAGACUUCGAUGGCAACGAAGCGAUGAUGGGUCAACUGAAUAGAUUUCGAACACAGUUGAAAGACGCGGAAAUGAUGCCAGAACUGCACAACUUGGAUAGAGCUUCAUCCGGCUGCUCGAAGAAACGUGUGGUAACCUUGACAAGAGAUGCAGUAGACAUGGAGUGGGGCAUGGACAUGAUCAUAGGAAACGAACGACAGUCGGGUGCCGUGUUUGUGUCCGAUGUAAAGGAGAAAUCAUUAGCUGCAACGGGUGGGAUCUCUGUGGGAGACCAAGUAAUCUCGCUUAAUGAUCAUAAUGUAGAGCAACUUCAACUGUCGCGAGUCAAAGCUCUCUGUAAUGACGGCAAGAAGAUGGUACUGAUUUUGCAUUACAACAUUAUUGGUUUAAAGUUUGCACUUAAUCCACAAGACAGGGCUGAAAUUGAUGGUUCUAAUGUUGUUGAGUCGAUGGUUACGUCCCCACAAGCACAACCAACCAAGCAUUCCUGUAAUAACAUUUCGAUUUCGAAGAGUCGUGGUAGUGGACAUCAUAAGAGCUUUGCAAAGAGGUUGUAUGGUGCUCUGUCUUGGAGGGUUGGCUCUGGCAAAUCACGGCCAACAUUGACACCUACUACGUUCACACCUGUGUCAGAUGCAAAGGAAGAGACACCUUCAGCACACGAUAACAGUCCAUCAGAUAGCGAUUCGAGUAGUCCGAAGCUUGGUGGUUAUCGGGCGAGUGGUGAGUUUGGUAUGGUUCACAGCACGUCGAUGCCUGUUGUGUAUCAGGACACUAAGAGAGAGCUGUCUCCUUUACCGCAGAUAAGCUCGAAUGUCGAUCAUGUUAUUAAAAUCUAUCGAGCCGAUGGAGGUCAUAGAUAUAUUCCUGUGUCUAAUCACACAACGGCCAGUCAGGUCGUUGCAUUAGCUGUUGCCGAAUUUGAGCUCUCGGAAGGCUCGUCCACGUUCUCUCUCUGUCAGAUCACGACGAAUCAGGAAAGGCUUGUAACUCAGAAGAAACUUCCUGAUUUUCUAGAUAAAUUGUCUGAAAGACUGGGAGUGUAUAGUCGCUAUUAUUUGAAGCCACACGACGAGACAGGAACACUUGUCCACGAAGAUGUUGCUGAAGAAAUUCUGAAAGAGGGUUGUCUCAAUAUUCAAAGGCUAGAUAUCAAGGAAUUGGUGCGAGAGCUGACGAUGAGAGACUUUGAAACUUUCCAGACAAUUGAUGCAGCUGAGUUUAUCGUUGACCUGUGGGGCUGCCAGUCUAAUGUACAAGCGGAUCAUCUAAAGGAGUUUGCUGAUUUAGUGAACCAGGAAAUGUUCUGGGUCGUUACCGAGAUUUGCCGCACACGUAGCAGCCACAAUCGAGUGAAAGUACUGAAAGCUUUUAUCAAGGCAGCUCGUUAUUGUCAAGAUGCUAGGAAUUACAACACAAUGUUUGCGAUACUUAGUGGGCUCGGACAUCGAGCAAUUGAAAGACUAAAAGGCACUUGGGACAAAGUUCCUUCAAAGUACAUAAGAGCGUAUCACGAAAUGCAACGUCUUAUGGAUCCAACACGCAACAUGUCACGAUACCGAGCUGUUGUUUAUGGUGCUGCUGCUUGUCCGCCACUUCUUCCCUUCUUUCCGGUAAUAAAAAAGGAUCUUAUGUUCAUGUACCUGGGAAAUGACAGUGUCGUUGACUCUCUCAUCAACUUCGAAAAGUUGCGGAUGCUUUCUGGAGAGAUACGGAACAUCAAGAAAAUGGCUGCGAUUCCAUAUGAUCCACAAAAUGUCUUCUUGGAGUUUCUCAAUGUCUCAAAUCAGCAGCUGUUUAUAAAAUCUAGCACUGGGACGAUGAAGCGGCGAAGUGGUGCUAGUGGACAUACUUCUCUUCUUAAACGCAUCUAUGAGCAACGUGUGAUGGAACGAAGAGUGAGUGAGUAUUUGGACAAUUUGCCAGUUCUCGACGACGAGAAUGUAUUGGACAAUUUGUCUGAGGCAUGUGAACCAUCGAUGCCUUCGGCGCCAGUCCGGUUGCAUCGCUCUUCCCUUGCUGUUCCUGCGGGCGGCUCUACUGUGCACCCCAGAACGAUGUCCUUGAGUUCUGUUGUUGUUUCUCCACGAAUCAAAGACAAGAACAUCUCUCCCAAAGAGCACCAUCGUCGAAACAGCUUGAAGGAUAUUCAAGAGGGUGUCGUGGAUGGGCACAAGAAGAUGUCGACGAGUUCAGCUAUGAAGAGACUGUCUGGUUCGAUUUCGCCUUUUCAUAUCAGAAGAAAGAAAGGUGUGCACAUGAAUGGACAUUCAUCUUCUCCAGUGACAGCAACUAGAUUAGAAGUUACAGAGAAAGAGGUUACCUAGGGUAGAUGAGUAGUAGUAGUGGUUUACUUUUUUCUGAUGUGAUAGAUGAAUAAAUAACGAGUUGAGGACUUUACAUAAAUAUGAAUAUGCCUUGCUAUUGCAAGGUCUUUUGUUGUAAGUAUGUAUAAAGACUGGCCUAAUUAAUUAAUAGAAGGAAGUUAUCUGCAAAUGCAAAGUUCGUUGUUGACUA